AUGUCUAAAUAUGAUGGAUUAUACUAUGAACAUGUUAUGAAUGAUGGCACGAUAAGUGGUAAUACAGUCUCAUAUAAAUUACCGAGAGACUUCAUUGAAUAUCCUGCGUCAAAAGCUCUUGAGAUAAGAAAGAUAAGUCUUGAGCAUCCAGACUUUGAGUUUCUUGCUAUUCCAUUAGAAAUGACAGAUUCAUCAAAAUCAGUGAAAAAAAGGUUUGACAUGAGAUAUUACAUAAAACCCAACAUGACUACACAGGAGUUGAAUGAAGGUCUUAUGGAAAAAAUGACUGAGGCAAGUAGAGAAUUUGUUGAUUGUUACUAUGAUUCAAAUGAAAAUAAAUUGAAUGUAUUAAGAAAAGGUACAUCACCAAUCAUAACAUUACCUUCAUACAGUAGUAUAGAAAAAAAUGCCUUGAAUUAUAA